GAUCACAUGGCUGAUAGAAUUCUGACUCGAGUGCACAGCCUCCGUGAACGUCUCGACGGCACGGUUUCGGCUCAUCGCAACGAACUCUUGCUCCUCCUUGCUGGGAUUGAAAAACAGGGGAUGGGAAUCCUUAAGCCCCACCAGAUUGAAGCGGAGCUUGAGGCUCUCCCUAAGGAUGCUCAACUUAAAUUGCAUGAUUGUCAUUUUGAAGAAGUUCUAAAAUCCACCCAGGAAGCAAUUGUGCUGCCUCCAUGGGUUGCCUUGGCCGUCCGUUUGAGGCCUGGUGUGUGGGAAUACAUAAGAGUCAACAUUAAUGCUCUUGUUGUUGAGGAUUUGACUGUUCCUCAGUACCUCCAAUUCAAGGAAGAACUAGUCCAAGGGCCGCAAAAUGGCAACUUUGUUCUUGAACUGGAUUUUGAGCCCUUCACCGAUUCCUUUCCUCGGCCCACUCUUUCCAAGUCAAUUGGGAACGGAGUUGAAUUCCUCAACAGGCACCUCUCCGCCAAGAUGUUCCAUGACAAGGACAGCAUGUUCCCUCUUCUUCAUUUUCUCAAGAUGCACAAUUACAAUGGAACUACCAUGAUGCUGAAUGACAGGAUCUCCAACCUGAACGGCCUCCAAUUCGUCCUGAGGAAAGCCGACGAGUACCUCAACACCCUCCCAUCCGACACCCCCUACUCCGAAUUCGAACACAAAUUCCAGGAAAUCGGUUUGGAGAGAGGAUGGGGAGAUACCGCUGAACGCGUCCUGGAAAUGAUCCAUAUGCUACUAGACCUUCUAGAAGCACCCGACGCUUGCACCCUCGAGAAAUUUCUCGGCAGGAUUCCUAUGGUUUUUAACGUAGUUAUCCUCUCCCCUCACGGAUAUUUCGCUCAGGAAGACGUUCUCGGCUACCCUGACACUGGUGGCCAGGUUGUUUACAUUUUGGAUCAAGUUCCCGCCUUGGAGAAGGAGAUGCUUAUGCGAAUUAAGAGACAGGGGCUUGACAUUGUACCCAGAAUUCUUAUUGUUACCCGUCUCCUUCCAGACGCCGAUGGGACAACCUGCAACCAGCGUCUGGAGAAGGUCUACAAUACAGAGCACUCCCACAUUCUCCGCGUUCCCUUCAGGACUGAGAAUGGAAUUGUCAGAAAAUGGAUCUCCCGUUUCGAAGUCUGGCCCUACAUGGAGACCUUCACAGAAGAUGUUGCACACGAACUGGCCAAGGAGCUGCAAGCAAAGCCUGACUUGAUCAUCGGAAAUUACAGUGAGGGUAAUCUUGUGGCUUCUUUAUUGGCUCACAAAUUGGGAGUUACCCAGUGUACGAUUGCUCACGCUCUGGAGAAAACCAAGUAUCCAGAUUCCGACAUCUACUGGAAGAAGUUCGAUGAGAAGUAUCAUUUCUCCAGUCAGUUUACAGCUGAUCUCAUUGCCAUGAAUCACACUGAUUUCAUCAUCACUAGCACUUUCCAAGAAAUUGCUGGAAGCAAGAACACUGUCGGACAAUACGAAAGCCAUACAGCAUUUACAAUGCCGGGGCUGUACAGAGUCGUCCAUGGCAUUGACGUUUUCGACCCGAAAUUCAACAUCGUCUCCCCUGGAGCUGACAUGGACAUUUACUACCCUCACACCGAGAAGGAGAAGAGGCUCACUAAAUUCCACCCCGAACUUGAAGAACUGCUCUUCAGCGACGUUCAAAACGAAGAGCAUUUGGGCUUUCUCAAAGACCGCAACAAGCCAAUUAUCUUCACGAUGGCCCGACUGGACAGGGUGAAGAACCUAACCGGUUUAGUCGAGCUCUACGGAAAGAACGACCGUCUGAGAGAAUUGGCUAACCUUGUAGUAGUCGGAGGAGACAGGAGAAAGGAAUCGAAGGAUCUGGAAGAGCAAGCGGAGAUGAAGAAGAUGUAUGAUCUUAUAGAAAAAUACAAUCUGCAGAAUCAAUUCCGUUGGAUCUCUUCCCAGAUGAACCGUAUCCGUAACGGGGAGCUGUACAGAUACAUCGCGGACUUCAAGGGCGUGUUUGUGCAGCCUGCUUUCUAUGAGGCCUUCGGGCUGACGGUUGUCGAGUCCAUGACCAGCGGAUUGCCCACUUUCGCCACUUCCUACGGAGGUCCAUUUGAGAUCAUCAUCGAUGGAAAGUCCGGUUUCCACAUUGACCCUUACCAUGGUGAUCAGGUUUCUUCACUUCUUGUCGAAUUCUUCGACAAGUGUCAGAAGGAUCCGUGGCAUUGGGACGCCAUUUCUCAGGGCGGUCUCAAACGUAUCUUGGAGAAGUACACCUGGCAGAUAUAUUCCGAGAGGUUGAUGACGCUGGCAGGUGUUUACGGGUUCUGGAAGUACGUGUCAAAACUAGAACGACGCGAGACACGUCGUUACCUGGAGAUGUUCUAUGCCCUCAAGUAUCGCAAGAUGGUAAUAAUGAAACUUUGAA